AUGCUCCCCCGGUACCCCCCCCAAUACCCCCCCGUCCCGGGGCGGUCACGUGUACCCUCAAGUCGCCAUUGCGACUUCGCCGCGCGCGCUGCGCGUCUCAAAGCUCCGCUCCCCCGUGCCGUGCACCCUUCCCCUCCCCUCAUCCCUGGUGCGCUCUCUCCACCUGGCCAUUUGGCCAAGUCCUCCGCUCCCGCCAACUGGCGACCUCCCCCGGUGACUACGCCCGGCCCCUCCCCUGGGCCACGACGCGCCCCCGGGGGGCCCCGCCCCGGAGCUAGCGACCCGGGGGGACCCUACCCGUGGAGGGGGCUGCUCGAGGAUCAUAGGGGCGACGUAGGGGCUCACCCAGCCGGGCCACCUCUACAUGGCCUGACCCGCGAGUCUCUACUGCUCCCACGACACUCAAAGCACCCCGCACCAUCCACUGGGCACGGUUCCUCCAGCCGCCAACCCCGGACCAAUGGGCCCGGUUCGCCUCUACACAGACUCACCGACCCCAUUUGGGGGAUAGAAAUCCAUGCAACAGUGAACGGUGCCAGUUUUGGAUCCUGGGGCACUUUAUUACUAGGACGUGGUCCGUGCCACCCCGUUUUCCCAUACAAAGUGGGCCACUUUUCCAAAACCUUUUGUGUCUUUCUGCGGACUUGGUCGUCUAAGAGUCAAAGGUCACGUGCAGACUGGGCAAUGAUCCCCCCCCCCGGGCUUCUCUGUACCCUCCCCAGCUGCCUGGCUUGGCCCCCGAUGUGUGGACGGCACGGGGGUAUCUCCCCCAAUGCUCAGGGGUACGCCCCAUGUCCGGCUCAGACCGGGGGGCCUCCCCAAGCGAUCUCACGGGCACCCUAG